CAAAGGCGUGUGAAUGGACAAGCAACCUUUUACCGCACAUGGCAAGCGUUUAAAAUGGGUUUUGGCAACGUAGAAACUGAGUUUUGGCUAGGAAAUGUUAACGUUCACAUGCUGACUACAAAUAAUGAUUAUAGCUUGCGAAUCGAAUUGGAAAACUUUGCGAAAGAAGAGAGAUACGCAGAAUACAAUUCGUUCAAGAUAUCGGAUGAACUGUCUUAUUUCCAAUUGUCUAUCGAAGGCUACAGCGGCAAUGCAGGUGAUAGUUUAGCCUAUCACAACGGCAUGAAUUUCAGUACCAAAGACAGAGACAACGAUCCUUCUUCCGAUAGGUGUGCAGUUGAUUUCCUUGGGGCCUGGUGGUAUAACGACUGUCAACGAUCUAAUUUGAAUGGCGAAUAUUUAUCAUCUGGAUCUCACACCUCCUCUGAUCAUGGAAUUGAAUGGUUUACAUUUACAGGUCCAGCCUAUUCAUUAAAAAGGUCCAAAAUGAUGAUAAGGAAGGCGGUAUCAAAUGGUAAAGGGCGGUGACUGUUCGAGUGCAAAUUUGGUGUUGUUUUUUUAUUCCUUGCUUGCAAUGAUUAUUUCGUGUUUGCUUGGUACUACAUCUUGCAUGUUUAUUUGAAGUUAUAUUUCUAAAUACUUUCCUUCUGUAUAGUUAAGUCACUGUGUAGUACAUUUGUUCUCCUUAUUUGGC